CCCGGGGUGGGGGGCACUUUGUCAGACUGGAUGAGCACCCCGAGCCGCCAGCUACCCGCUCGGGUGAGGUAUUAGAAUUGGCCGGGACCCCCCCCCCCUCGCUCCCAUCCCCCCCCCCCCCGCUCCCUGCAAGGCCACCCUGUCCCUGAUUUAAUGGGGGUUGGUGAGGAGUCCCGGACCCCGUGUGAGAGCUGCACUUCAUCUGGAAUCAAAGCGUGCCUCAUCCUCCCGCUCGGGUUACAGCAAAUUCUACACCAUCAGCCAAUCUAGUAAAGGUUCAGGAAGUUGCAAGCUGGCUGUUGGAAAUGAACCAGGAAUUGCUGUCUGGGGGCAGCAAGAGGCGUCGAACUGGAGGAUCCCUCAGAGGUAAUGCCUCUUUGAAUCAUGGGGAGGAGGAAAUGAACAGGGUAGUGGAAGAACAAGAGGGUCAUUGUGUUGAUGGCGGUGGAACUGAUGGCGGUGGAGCUGAGGCAAGCAGCAGCAACAGUGAUGAGGUCCAAGUAGCUACUGCAGAGGAAGAAGAAAACAACAACCGAGUCACAGUAGAGGCCAAGGAAGAGAGCAAAGAGGAGGAACAAGAAGAUGAUGAAGAGGAAAUGGACCAAGACAGUGAUGAUUUUGAACAAUCUGAUGAUAGCAGAGAAGAUGAUAGCACAAAUGGAAAUGAUGUCACCGAUCAGAAUUAUAACAUUGACGUUGCCAACCAACAACCACUACCCCUGUUAGCUAAGAAUCAGUUGUAAAACAGCCCAAUUGGAGCAGAAACAUUGAUGACUAAAUGUUACCACAUCAUUACAAAUUGGUAAUAUGAAC